AUGCACUGUAUUAAAAAGAGAGACGCUCAGCCGAAUAGACACUGCUACGCAAAUGAUAUGGGCAAGAAUGAGCUAGAGGAGGAUGUUAGGAAGCUGUCGGAGGCUAUGGACCAGAUAGCCAAGCUGGUUAUAGCCACAGGUGUAGUGAAGAAGCCACAGGACGGAUCACAGGAACCGCAGGGACCUCAGGUGCAACCGCAGAUGCAAACACCUAAGAAGAAGAAGAAAAAGAAGAAUAAGAUACAUUGCUCUUAUUGUAAUGAGGUAGGGCACACUAGGGCUAGGUGUCCCAAGAAACUGGGGUUGAUAGAUAUAUGA